AUAAUAGUUGCUUGCUUCAACAUCCAUUGAUCACACCACUAUGAUAAUCUAUUCUAAAUAACCAAACUUAAACCGCACUAUUACCUAUGAAUUCAUCAGUAAUUCGAACACUCUCCAACACAAAACAACAUUACCAAAAACAAAUAACCUCAUCACAAUACCAACUCCAACAACUACUCUCUAAUUGCACCAACCUAACUCACCUUCAACAAACCCAUUCCUUCAUGCUCAAAACAUCACUCGACCAAAACGACAUCAACCUCUCCCGUUUCAUUCACAAAUCCGCUUCACUCAAUUUCCCAAACUACUCUUACUCUAUUUUCACUUCCAAUCACAACCGUCCAUUACCCAUCUUUGUCUACAACAACGUUAUUUGGGCUCUUUCUUCAUCUAACCCUACACGUGCCGUCUCGUUAUUCAAUGUUGUUCGUAGUUUUGAAUUGUCGUUUGAUUCUUAUUCUUUGCCUUAUGUUAUGAAAGCUAUUGUUUCAUUAAACGACGUUGUUUUGGGAAAACAGGUUCAUUGUGUUGGUAUUGUUACUGGUUUGGAUUGUUAUUUAUCUGUUGUUAGUUCGAUUAUUCAAAUGUAUUCUUGUUGUUGUAAUGAUGUUGUUUCUGCUCGGAAGAUGUUUGAUGAUGAUGGGUUUGGAAAAAAUGGGUCUGUUUGGAAUGCUAUGAUCGCUGCUUAUGCUAAAGUUGGUGAUGUUUGUAAUGCACGGAAGUUGUUUGAUUCUAUGCCUCAAAUGGAUAAGGAUGUUAUUUCAUGGACUACUCUUAUUUCGGGUUACACGCAGACUCAUAAUCCCAAUGAAGCUAUUAAGCUCUUCCGUAGAAUGCAGCUAGAGAAUGUGAAACCAGAUGAAAUUGCAAUUUUGGCUGUACUAUCUGCCUGUGCUGAUUUGGGUGCUCUUCACUUGGGAGAGUGGAUUCACAACUACAUUGAAAAGCACAAGUUGAACAAGAUUGUUCCUAUUUACAACUCACUCAUAGACAUGUAUGCCAAAUCCGGCAACAUACACAAAGCACUACAAUUAUUUGAGAAUAUGAAGCAUAAAACAAUUAUAACAUGGACAACAAUGAUCACCGGGCUUGCUUUACACGGUCUAGGAAAGGAAGCCAUUCAUAUAUUUUCCUGCAUGGAGAAAGAGGGUCGAGUGAAGCCCACUGAAGUCACCUUUAUCGCCGUCCUUUCUGCUUGUAGCCAUGUUGGAUUGGUAGAACUAGGCCGCGAUUAUUUCACGUCUAUGAGGUCUAGAUAUGGAAUUGAACCUAAGAUUGAGCAUUAUGGUUGCAUGAUUGAUUUGCUUGGACGUGCUGGCCAUCUUCAAGAAGCGAAAGAACUGGUUUUGAGGAUGCCCUUUGAACCAAAUGCAGCUAUAUGGGGAUCACUGCUUGCUGCCUCAACUAGAUGUGGUGAUGCUGAGCUAGCAGAGGAAGCUUUGCGCCAUCUCACGGUGUUGGAGCCUGGCCAUAGCGGAAAUUAUUCACUCUUGUCCAAUACCUAUGCUUCACUCGGUAGAUGGAGUGAAUCUCGGGAGGCAAGAAAGGUUAUGCGGGAUGCAGGUGUCGAAAAGAUGCCGGGUGUCAGUUUUAUUGAGGUGAACAGUAGAGUAUUUGAAUUCAUUGCUGGAGACAAAUCAAGCAUUUACUUUGUUGACAUAUUUGAUAUCUUGCAUAACUUAGAUUUGCAAAUAAAAAUACAGACCCAUUAGAUAUUUAUGGGAGUUGAUUUCCUUGCUGCUGGAUUCCAAUUUGUGUGACUGUAAAUUCCUGACUAGAGGUUUUUAAUACCAUCUUGUCCCGUACAUAUCCCAGCUCUUUUUAAGAAGAUAGGUUUGUUGAUUUCUUAAAUA